CACGCCCAUCUGUCACCAACACGUACAGUGAAGACUGACGCGAUGCUCCACGGAAACGUGCAUCGGCGCUCUCCAGAUGUGAUGGCGUGCUCUGCGCGUCCGCGAUUGAGCCGAUCGCUGGACAUAUAUACGGCACGUCGGACGACUUCUCGCCGCGAUGAAAUCCAUUUGGCGCGGCAUACCGAGUUCGGAGAGACGCGGUGACGGCAAUGAUGAACUUCAGAAAGACUCUCCUGGGCUUGUACGCGCUUGCUGCUGUGUGCGAUGCGAAAUCACUACCGAACAUCGUCGUGGUCCUCACAGAUGACCAGGAUAAUUGGGGUUCUCUAGACUACAUGCCAUUGCUCCAGAAGCAUAUCACCGACCAUGGCACAAAGUUUGACAACCACUAUUGCACGGUCUCGAUCUGUUGCCCCAGCAGAGUGAAUAUUUGGACUGGUCUUACAGCACACAAUACCAAUGUCACUGACGUAUCUCCGCCGUAUGGCGGCUAUCCCAAGUUCGUGGAAAGGGGCUUCAACGAUGACUGGCUGCCGGUCUGGUUACAGGCCCAAGGCUACAAUACAUACUACACUGGGAAAUUAUUCAACUCUCAUAGCGUGGACAAUUACAAUGAUCCUUUCGUGAAAGGCUUCAAUGGAUCGGACUUCCUUCUGGAUCCUUACACAUACACUUACUGGAAUGCCACCAUGAGUCGCAACUACGGGGUGCCUGUCAGCUAUGAAGGGCAAUAUUCUCCUGAUGUUGUGGCAGAGAAGACUUACGGCUGGCUCGAUGAAGCUGUCUCGCACGAACAGCCCUUCUUCAUCGUCGCAGCUCCAGUUGCACCACACAGUAAUCAGGACCCGAAGGUGCCCGGUGUUAUGUCAAUACCCGAGUACGCGCCACGACACGCACAUCUGCUCAAGAACUUUACUAUUCCACGCACACCCAAUUUCAACCCGGACGUACCUUCUGGAGUGAGCUGGGUGAAAGAGUUGCCGCAGCUCAACCAGACUGUUAUCGAUUACCACGACGAAUACCAGCGAGCCAGGCUGCGAGCAUUGCAGGCUGUAGAUGAGAUGGUCGAGCAGCUUGUCGAGAGGGUCGAUGGGUACGGCUUGCUCGAGAACACAUACUUCUUCUUCACCACCGACAAUGGAUAUCAUAUCUCUCAACAUCGAUUGCCGCCCGGGAAGGAGUGUGCUUUCGAGACCGAUAUCCACAUUCCACUUAUUGUGAGAGGUCCGGGCAUACCCGCCGGCAAGACUGCAGGUGUUGUAAGCUCGCACACUGACUUCACCCCCACGAUUAUGAAGCUUGCAGGUGUAGAUCGGCCGGACCUAGAUGGAGUUCCGAUACCGCUGUCGCAAGGCGAGCUGUCUGAAGGAUCUUUCGGUGAGCAUGUGAACGUCGAAUACUGGGGUAAAGCUCUCCCAGAGGGCAAGUACGGCAAGAUCGGCAACGAGCCUUUUUCGCCUGGGCGACCGCCUAUCUCUGCACGCAACAAUACCUACAAGGCUCUUCGUCUUAUUUCCGAUGAGUACAGCUUGCUGUAUACAGUCUGGUGCACUGGCGAGAAGGAGUUGUACGAUACAGGCCGCGAUCCCAGCCAGAUUCACAACCUCCUUGGCAAUCAAGGAUCUGCGCUGUCUUCGGACUAUGUGUUGCUUGGCCGAUCCUUGGUGGAUGUAACAGCACGUCUAGACGCUCUAUUGCUCGUGCUCAAGUCCUGCAAAGCACGAAGCUGUCAGAGGCCAUGGGAGUCUCUGCACCUUGACGGCAGUGUGCAUACGCUGCAAGAUGCACUGGACACGCGGUUCGAUUCCUUCUACAUCGACCAACCCAAGGUUAGCUUCUCUUCGUGCGCGUUGGGACAGAUUCUUAGUGAAGAAGGUCCACAAGCUGUCAACGUCUGGGAGGAGGAUAACUAUGCAGCAAACUUUUCUGGCCAUUCGUACUUGCGCGUUUGACAGCGCAAUGAGCCGGACAACUUGCAGAAUCAUUCUACUCGCGAAUGCACAUGCGACAUGAACGGAACAACGGCACUGCAGUCGGAUCCUGGAGCAAGUUGAUAGUUGAGCGACGACCCGAAAAGCAGUCGUGAAGAAAAAUCUACAGAGACCCGCAUACAGUCCCAACGCA